GUGUCCCGCUGGUUAUAAAAUCUCCGGCAGUACAUGUGUCAACGACAAUGAAUGUUUAACAUUCCCGUGUCGCAAUGGUGGUCGCUGUCGUGAUCAUAAUCCACCGAAUAAAUACGAAUGCCAAUGCCCGAUGGGCUUUACCGGUAUGCACUGUGAAUUGGAAUUAUUGGCAUCGGGUGUAUUGACGCCAUCGCGUGAUUUUAUCAUUGCGCUGGUAUUGUGUUCGAGUACAUUGAUACUUCUGGUUCUGGUCUUUGUGGUGUAUAAUCGUCGACGUGAGGCACAUAUCAAAUAUCCUGGACCAGAUGAUGAUGUACGCGAAAAUAUCAUUAACUAUGAUGAUGAGGGUGGCGGUGAAGAUGAUAUGACGGCAUUCGAUAUUACACCAUUGCAAAUACCCAUCGGUGGACCAAUGCCACCAGAAUUGGCCACCAUGAAAAUGCCAAUUAUGUAUCUUGUUAUGACAUUAAUGCCCGGCCAGGAGCCAAAUGUUGGCAUGUUCAUCGAAGAACAUAAAAAGCGUGCCGAUGGCGAUCCAAAUGCACCGCCCUUCGACGAUUUGCGUAACUAUGCAUAUGAGGGUGGCGGCAGUACAGCCGGUUCGUUGAGUUCUUUGGCAUCAGGAACCGAUGAUGAAUGCCAGGAAUAUGAUUACCUGGGUGCAUGGGGUCCACGUUUUGAUAAAUUGGCCAAUAUGUAUGGACCCGAGGCCAAUAAUCACACCGAUUUAGAAUUGUAA